AUGAGCUUUGUCACCGGAGAAGCAUCCGAGAAGUGUCACAAGGAGAAGCGAAAGACGGUGAAUGGCGAUGACAUCUGUUGGGCACUAGGAAGUCUAGGGUUCGAUGACUAUGCUAAGUCGAUGAGAAGGUACUUGAAUAGGUAUAGUGAGAUAGAACAGAAGAGAGAGCAUCAAAAUAAGAACAAUGACGGAAGGGAUGAGUUUGAGCGAAUGCUUAUGAUAAAUGGGAUAAUUCACCGCAAGCUUUGGUCAUCAUCGAUGGCACCAAACAGAAGGAUAUCCACUACCAGUUCUAUCAAUUCAUUUUUCCAGUUUAUUCAUGUGGUUGAUCUUAAGAGCCUUCUUAUGGACAUAAAGGGGCCUGCAUACGCAUAUGGAAGGAGAAACAUACCGAAGUUUGAGGCAUCUAUUGUCACAACCGUUAAUUUGCUGUUUGAGUUUUUGAAUCAUUCUAAACUUCUAGUGAUCAUGUCCCAUUUUUAA